AUGAACUCAGGGGGGAUCAACGGCACAAAAUCGAGUAAGAGCUCGCCGGAGCUCCGUGAUCACCAGCUAUUGAUCCCAUACAAUAGUAGCAACCGAAGUGUGCAAACUGGAGCUAUCAGGGUCUGUUCGGACUGCAACACCACAAAGACCCCACUGUGGAGGAGCGGCCCUCAAGGCCCCAAGGUUGCCGCCACCCCCUUCCUCGUAAAUCCUAUUUCUAUUGAUAGCAUAUUUUCAUCGUCAAUUCUCAAGUACAAACUUCUAUCGCUUCGCUGCAGUCCCUUUGCAACGCUUGUGGGAUAAGGCAAAGGAAGGCAAGGAGGGCCAUGGAGGCGGCUGGUCUGAUCCCUGCCGCAGAGCAGACGAAGGCACGGAAGGAGAAGAUUGUGCAGAGCGAGUGCACUAUCCCUUUCAAGAAGAGGUGCAAGUUUACAUCUGCUCAGCCUCGGAAGAAGCUCCACUUCGACGAGUUCACCAUGAGCAUCAGCAACAGCUCGGCGUUCCACGGCGUGUUUCCCCAGGACGAGAAGGACGCCGCGGUAUUGCUCAUGGGCCUCUCUUAUGGCCUGAUCCGUAGUUAA